UCCGGACUACAAAUUCAGGCGGUGGUAUCAUUGGUCAGUAUGAACACACGACAGCCCAACAAACCCCGGAGAGGAACCGUGAUGGAACGCCUCCCUGUCUCCUGAAUCUGCCUUGUGGCUUCUCAGGAAAAUCAAAACCAGAAGAGGGAGGAGGAGGUGAUGGCGGAGAGGCUGACCCCUAACGCUAUAGGGGCCGUGAUGGCCGGUGACGUCGACCUGAAACCGCUGGUGCAGGCACUGGACAUUGUCAGGAUGAUGGCUUUCGGCGGUAAUCAGGAGCGGUACAGGGUUACAAUCUCUGACGGCGUCCGCUCCCACCACGCUGUCCUCGCCUCCCAGCUCAACGACCUCGCCAAGGGCGGCCAUCUCCGUAGAGGCUCCGUCCUUCAACUCAUCGACUACACCUGCAGCUCCGUCCAGGGUCGCAGGUUUAUCAUGGUUUUGAACAUGGAGAUCAUUUCUGUCAGUUGUGAGGUCAUUGGUCAUCCUAAACCAUUCGCAGACUCUAAAGCCAGCACAAGUGCUGAAGCUGGGACAGGAAUCAAUAAUAAGCAGACAUCUGAUGUGGCUUGUAUGCCUUCUUUGGAAAAUUCAGCCGAUGCAGUUAAACUAAAAAGUCCAACGAGUAAUCUUUGCUCAAAACCCGGUGUUCAACCUUCUUAUAGACCUCCACCAGCUUACACUAAUCGAGGUCCAAUUAUGAAGAAUGAAGCGCCUGCAAGGAUAAUUCCUGUGGCUGCCUUGAAUCCUUACCAGGGCAGGUGGGCAAUCAAGGCUAGAGUAACUGCCAAAGGCGAUAUCCGCCGCUACAACAAUGCCAGGGGAGACGGGAAGGUAUUCUCCUUUGAUCUUCUUGAUGCUGAUGGUGGUGAAAUACGGGCAACUUGUUUCAAUUCAAUUGUAGAUCGGUUUUACGAACUUAUAGAGGUCGGCAGAGUGUAUGCGUUAUCAAAGGGAAGCAUCAAACCGGCACAGAGAAAUUUUAACCAUCUUAACAAUGACUGGGAGAUUUUCUUGGAUUCAACCUCCAAGGUGGAUCGUUGUCCAGAUGAGGAUGUGUCUAUACCCCAGCAAAACUUUUCAUUUAGGCCCAUCAACGAAAUUGAGAACAUGGAGAACGCUUCAGUGGUUGAUGUCAUUGGAGUUUUGGUGUCUGUUGGUCAGUGUGUUACUAUAUUGAGAAAGAAUGGCAUGGAGACUCUAAGAAGAAUUCUCACUCUCAAGGAUAUGUCAGGUCGAAGCGUUGAGUUAACUCUCUGGGGAAACUUUUGCAACAAGGAAGGUCGAGAAAUGCAGGAUUUAUAUGACUCUGGUCUCCAUCCUGUUUUGGCUGUCAAAGCUGGUAGAGUGAACGACUUCAGUGGGAAAACAAUCGGGACAAUUUCCACCACUCAACUAUUCAUAGAUCCUGAUAUCCCAGAGUCGCAGAAGCUAAAAGAUUGGUUUGAAAGGGAAGGCAAAAAUGGUGCAUCGCAGUCUAUCUCUAGAGAUGUUAUGCCUCUUUAUCAAAAUGAAAUUCGGAAAAAUGUAUCACAAAUUAAAGAUGAAGGACUUGGAAGAAUGGGUAAGCCAGAUUGGGUGACGAUUAAAGCAGCCCUCUCUUACAUAAAGGUGGAUACGUUCUGCUACACUGCUUGUCCUUUAAUGGCGGGAGAUAGGCAAUGCAACAGAAAGGUUACAAAGACUACCGUUGGUGGGUGGCAUUGUGAAAGGUGCAAUCAAGAUUUCUUAGAAUGCGAUUACAGGUACAUUCUUCAGGCCCAAGUUCAAGAUCACACUGGCGUGACAUGGGUUACGGCCUUCCAGGAGUCAGGGGAGCAGAUACUAGGAUGUUCUGCAAAGGAACUGUACUUGUUGAAAUAUGAGAAAGAGGAUGACACUAGGUUUGGAGAGAUUAUAAAGAAUGCUCUAUUUAGACAAUAUCUAUUCAAGCUCAAAAUUAAAGAAGAGAUUUAUGGUGAUGAGCAGCAGACAAAAGCCACUGUUGUUAAAUCAGAAAAAUUAAACUUUUCUGCUGAGACUAAGCAUCUCCUGUCUUUACUUCAGAAAAAUGAAUAAUCUAUGGGCGCUUUGGCGAUUAAUAGACUGACACGAAGUCCCGAUGUUUGGUGCACAGCUGCGCAACCAGUCCGUUGUGAGGAUGAAGAACCAGUAGCCCAUCGUAAGGGAAAAGGUGGGAGGCUGAGUGUCCUGUGUUGUUUAAUUAGACAUUUUGGAGCUAUUCUGCGGGUUUUAUAGAGAGCCGCUUAAAGUGGCAUCAGUCACAUUAACAUUUGGGAGUUAGCUUUGUCGAAUCGCACUCCCAAAGAUGGAUUUAUUCUUCAGAUGGCCCUUGAGAGGGUUUGGCCGAGCAAAUUCAGAGUAAUUCCUCUGCGGCGCCAGGGGUGUACUGUACUGAUUCAAUAUUAGUCAGAAACUGCUGAAAUUUCACGAAGGCGCAACCAUUAUUUCGGGCUUUUUUUUUUUUCCAUUAUUUCUUCUUUUCACACAAUAAAAUAGGAAGACCUCUGUCGCUUGAUUUUUCAA